AUGGCGAAGAAACUGCCAAACACGUUGGAAACAAGAAUGCUGAGCGGCUUCUCGAACAUAUUGGACUGGAGGCCACUAGAGUUUCUGCACCCGAUCCACGGCGACCUCAUCUGUGACGUGUGCGGCCUGGUGUCAAAGUCGCCGGUGAAACUAGGGUGCGAGCACGUCUACUGUUCAUUCUGCUGCAAUCGCGGGAUGGACCAGAAGCCGCCGAGAUGUCCCCUGGACACCCAGAAACUAGUAGCAGGCAAACCUGCGCUCUCCAUCCCAUGGGCGCACCAGACGGUGACCAACAACAGGAUUCGCUGCCCCAACGCUCCUCAUGGUUGUCAAUAUGUAGCAGCGCCGCCAACCGCGUCCAAGAAAGCUGGAACGGCCCUCAAGUUCCUGGAGGAACAUUACUGUGAAUGCCUUCAUCAUCGGGUCACGUGCGGGACCUGUUCAGGUCCUGUUGUCCUGGCGGAAAUCAUGGAUCACCUGAGAGGAGAUUGCGGAUCCACGGACACAAUACCGAAAACCGUCGUGACAUCGGCUCCCCCGUCCCAUCUGCAAGACGUCGAAUAA